ACAGCCCGCGCGCAUCGCAUGCCCGGGAGUUGUCGUGGGGCCACUUGGCUGUCGGGAAGCUGCGGACCUUUGAUCUGAGAAGCCCACGUCCAGGGGAGCCUGGAGAGCCACCCUGCCGGGGCGCCCGGGUGCGGCAGGAUGAGCUGGUUAGCGGACUGAGCACCGAGGAGCGGGUCGGCCGCAUCGCGGGGGACAUGGCAUCUUGGCUCAGGAGAAAGCUGCGUGGCAAGAGGCGGCUGGGGAUGGCACUCUGCCUCCUGAUGACUCUGUCUGUGAUGGCUGUCCCCUGCUUCCCCACACAGCCUCAGGCUGCCAUGGAGCCGCAGUGGGUAACCGGUGGCCCUGCCGCCCACAGCCCGCAGGCUCUGGGCUCCCGCUGGAGGCCGCGAACAAGAAAGCUGCGCUUCUGGAGAGACUGGGCCCUGCCCAGGAGUUCCAUUGUGUGUGCCGAGGAGCAAAGCCACAGAGGGGGACCGGACAGAAGCAGGUCCCCAGGAGGGGAAGGCAGGCGUAUAGGGCGGGGCAAGAGGGACGUUGCUUUGGCGCCUGCAGGAGAUUGGAGACUCAGGACUCAGCAUCUCGUGCUUCUGAAGGAGGGUGAGGUUAAGGGUCCAGAAGUCAGAGACCUGCGACCCCUUUGGAAGGAUGGUCCCAUCCAGGAGAGGCAGAGUGAGACAGACACCCUGACCAGCCCCAUCGUUGGGCCCCGGGCAGCAACUGCUGGACCAACUCUCCGGCCCCAUCCAGCCCAAAACAGGGAUCUGCCAGGAGCUGGGAACAGAGCCUUGCCUGGUGCGCUGAAAGCAGGGGGACCCACCCCAGCCACAGGGACUCACUGGUGGCCUGGCUCUGUCAGGGAGCUGCAAGGAUCUACCUGGUGUGCCGCUGAGACCUCUGGGCUGGUGACCAGCCUGGGGACCGGGGGGCAGGUGCCCCCAUGGCUCACGGAGCACGACAGGCAGGCCCUCCAGCUGUUGGCCCAGGGGCAGGUGGCGGGCAAGGCCAGGGUCCCCGGCCAUGGGCAGGUGCUGCAGGUCAGCUUCUCCUCUGAGGGCGCCCUUCAGGACGCGUCUCCCAGGCUUGGCGGACUCUGCUCCCAGGGGCUCUGUGGCCUGAUCAAGAGACCUGGGGACCUGUCUGAGGUCCUGUCCUUCCACGUGGACCGCGUGCUGGGGCUGCGCCGGAGCCUACCUGCUGUGGCCCGGCGCUUCCACAGCCCCCUGCUGCCCUAUCGCUACACGGAUGGUGGCGCGAGGCCUGUCAUCUGGUGGGCCCCCGAUGUGCAGCACCUGGGCGACCCAGACAAUGACCAGAACUCUCUGGCCUUGGGCUGGUUGCAGUACCAGGCCCUGCUGGCGCGGGGCUGCGGCGGGCCAGGCCGGGCGCCGUGCCUGGGCAUCCGCUACGCCGAGUGGGCGCGCCUGGCUCUCUUCGACUUCCUGCUCCAGGUCCACGACCGCCUGGAUCGCUACUGCUGUGGCUUUGAGCCCGAGCCCUCAGAUCCCUGCGUGGAGGAGGGGCUCCGAGAGAAAUGCGGGAACCCAGCUGAGCUGCGACUGGUCCACAUCCUGGUCCGGAGCAGCGAUCCGUCCCAUCUGGUCUACAUCGACAACGCCGCCAACCUUCAGCAGCCUGAGGACAAGCUGAACUUCCGGCUACUGGAGGGCAUCGAUGGGUUUCCUGAGUCUGUCGUGAAGGUUCUGCAAUCGGGGUGUCUACAGAACAUGCUGCUCAAGUCACUGCAGAUGGACCCGGUGUUCUGGGAAAGCCAAGGCGGGCGGCAGGGGCUGAAGCAGGUUCUCCAGACCCUGGAGCGGCGAGGACAGGUCCUUCUGCAACACAUGCGGGAGCACAACCUGACAGUCUUUAGGGAGGAGGAUCCGUGA